AUGAUUGAGUACUUGAAGGCAUAUUUCAGCCCUUCAAAGGAGGGCGACUGGAGUCUUGAGAUCUCUAGAGGUCGAGGUGGCUCGUGCUUGUCACACAGCCACCGCACACAGUACACGUUUGUCUUGCAGAGCUUGCUGCUGUGGCGCGAGAUCAUGGGCAGAAUGUUUGAGCUGUGGCAAAUGACAGAGGAGGACCUGCUGGAUGCAAGUUCCACGUACCGCUUGUGCGAUACUGGACAAGGUCUGAACCGUGUUCAGAGUGCGCCGCGUGUCUCGCGGGUCAUGCAUCAAAUCCUUCACAAGGUGCAGAAUGAGGUGGGCAACUGGGUUGGCCUCUCCGUGGUGCACCUGGGGGACGGAGACGUGCCCAAUGCCUUGGUCUUCAUUGACAAGUAUACCCAAGUUCCACGAAUACUUGGGCCUUUAGUUCAGACACUGGACAAGCUACCAGAGGUGUACAACUCCUCUCACGCCAUCAAGACCUACAUAGACACCGAGUUCCGGGGCGUGGAGGUAGUGCGCAUGGCCAUCAUGCAGGACUUCUUCCGUCAUGGAUUUGAUGGCAGUGGCGACGACGGCGAAGAAAUGGCCGAGGCGCUCGCGUGGACGGUUGGCUGCACCUUUCAGGCCGACAUCGAGGCUUUGAUGGAGUCCUCCAAGUGCACCAAGGGCAAGCUGCUGGACAUCGGGGCCAACCUGCAGCAGCAGAUCGAGGCCUUGGAGCAUGCUUCAACGUCCAGAGCGACGGAAGGACCUCCAUUGAAGCGACUGCGAGAAGGAUCCGAGCCUCCAGUGCCACCACGCCAGGGAUCUGCAGAUGCCGAGCUAGGCCUGCCAGGCAUGGACGCCAAUCAGCCAGAGGGGUGCAGGCCGAAAGCUGGACCCGGACCUAGGCCGUUUGAUGAAUCCUUUGGCGGCGCUUGCAGCAGCACCUUCGGUUGCGGCCCAGCGAGCCGGGCUGGCCCGAUUGGUGCAGCUGAUGGCUUUGGGGCUCCCAGCACCAUGAAGGCAAUGAAGCCUAUCGGCAGCUUUGACGACGACAACAGUUGCAAGGGCUGUGGUUGCGCCGGCUGUAUUGGUGGUGGCUGUGCUGGCUGUGGUGGCUGCAUUGGCUGUGGCAGUGGUGGUUGCACUGGCUGUGGCUGUGGUGGCUGCAGCGGCUGUGGCAGCUGUGGUGGCUGUGGUGGCUGCAGCGGCUGUGGCAGCUGUCAUGGCUGCCGUGGUUGCGGCUGCUGCGGUGGCUGUGGCAGCUGCGCCGGCUGCAAUAGUGGUUGUUCCAGCUGUGGCUGUUGUGGGCCUCCAAGCAGUUGCGGAGCAAACUGCGGAGCAAACUGCGGAGCUUCCUGUGGAGGCUGUGGCGGGUGUGGCGCUUGUCGCGGCUGCAGUGGCUGUGGCAGCUGUGGCAGCUGUGGCAGCUGUGGCAGCUGUGGCAGCUGUGGUAGCUGCGGCGGCUGUGGCAGCUGUGGCAGCUGUGGUGGCUGCGGUGGCUGUUGUGGCUGUGGCAGCUGUGGUGGCUGCGGCGGCUGUAGCAGCUGCGGUUGUGGGGGUUGUGGCGGCUGCGGCGGGUGCGGCAGCUGUGGCUGUGGCGGCUGUGGUUGUGGUGGUUGUGGUGGUUGUGGUGGCUGCAGUGGCGGCUGUGGAGGUUGUGGCAGCUGUGGCGGUUGUCCUGGUUGUUGCGGCUGCGGCAGUGGUGGCUGUGCAGGUUGUGGUGGCUGCCCUGGUGCUUGCUGCAGUAGCUGCACUGGCUGCAGAGGUUGUGGCUGUGAGGGUGGCUGUGGCGGAUGCGGAGGUUGCGGCUGCGGAAGCCCUGGCUGCAAUGCUUGCGGCUGCAACAGCUGUGGUUGUGGACAGGGCGAUGGCAUGAAUCCCAUGGCGAUGAUGAUGAUGGGCGCCGCAAUGAUGGGCCAGAUGAUGAUGUCUGGUUCCGACACAAAUGGUGCUGAUCUUCCACGGAAGGACGAUGACGAGGAGGACAAAACCGUUUUGUCUGGCUCAUCGUUCAAUGUGAACCAUCCAAAUUAUCGCCCUCCUGACAUGGAGGUCAUCCCGGGCAUUACGGAUCGCCGAUUUGUUGGUCGAAUCAAGUUCUGGUUCGAGAACAAAGGCUUUGGCUUCAUCGAGAGUGAGCAGUUCUCAAAAGUCUUUGGCGGCGACUCGGACGUGUUCCUGCAUCACUUCCAGAAAAGGCACUACCAGAGAGGUGAUAUGGUUGAGUUCAGCAUCUUCACAAACUUCCGUGGCAAGCCCCAAGGGACUGAGCUGAAGAAGGAGCCUCACAAUGUCCAAACUGAGACCAUGCGUUUGUUUCUGAGAGCGGACCUGACCGCUGAGUGCGUGAAAGCAGAGCAGCGCCUCACCGUGCAAAAGAGCAGAGCACGGCGCUUGUUUGGCGUUGAGAAGUUCAAGUUCCUCUCGUCGGUGACAUAUGGAAGCCUUGUGAGGCUCAUGGGGCCGAACUCUGGCGGAGGACGCAGAAACCAAGCUGCGGCAGCUGCGAGCGUGCCCACGCGGGCGAUUUUCAGCAACAAGGGCUCUGGCUCUGGCAAGGGAAAGGAUGGAAAAGGGAAGGAGAAAGGCAAGCGAGAGCCGCGGCAGAAUUUUCAAUCGCAAAAGGAGAUGGACAAGGUCAAAGGCAAAGGAAAGACAUCCACCAACCUCUCUCCGGCUGAAGCACAUAUAGCAGCAGCUGCAGCUAGAGCUGCUGGCGGCAUUCAGCAGGAAGCCAUGUCCAUUUGGGAGCGGGCGGGAGAUCCAUCGUACAUCCACGGCUGCUUCUAUUUGACACGCGAUGACCAUCUUGCUUUGGAGCCUUUGCUGACUCCGCUUGCGGAAGCUGUGGAGGCCAGCUGUGCUCAACUUCCAACAGAGAUCAUCGAUGCGUCACAGGAACAUUUGAAGGAGCUUGGCUUUCAGGACGUGCAGUCAAGAAACGCACUCACAGUGGUUGGGAGACGCCUGUGCAAAGAAUUCGACGAGCGGGACGCUUCGGUGACUGACAAGGCAGCAGCUGAGAGAGCUUUGGAAUGGAUUUGCUGCACCUCCGCGGAAACCAGUUUGCCAUCACGACUGAAAGAGCCAAGAGAAGUCACAACGGCUAGGAGGCUUCAGGAAGAAAAGAAUGUCGCGUUUCAGACCAAGGCAUUGCUGCAUGGAGGACAGAUAGAAGGCACGCACAUCACUCGCAUAGAGAAGCUGGGAUUCAGCCGUGCCCGCGCGAUUCAGGCCUUGGCUGAAGCUCCCGAUCAUCAGCUGCUGCCUGCUGUGAAGUCCUUGCUCGCAGAGUUCCUGCCCCUGGACCUACCACCAGGCACAGAGCCAGAUUCUGCAGCACCAGCUUCUCCGGAAGAGCUGAUGGAAGAGGUAGAAGCUAUGCAAAGCAUCUAUGGAGAAGAGAAUGUUCAGACCUUUGGACAGGCCGGGUUGGAUGGCUUCGAGCUGCUGGUGAAGCUUCCAGCCAGUGGCAUUGGCGGCGGCGGUGGAAGGUGGACUAUGGCCUUCAUGAUUCCCGGAGGGCUCUUGUACCCGCACGUGUCGCCGUUGCUGUGCCCGCGGCAUGACCGCCUGCGAGAGGCAAAUCGCCCAAGGCUGAUGCAGGCACUUGGAGAAGUUUGUGAGCAGGCGCUUGGAGCACCUAUGUUCUUCAUCCUUUGUGAGUGGCUGCAAGAAAAUGGCCCUCGUUUUUUGGUGCUUGCGGACAGUGACAAACAGGAACUUUCAGACGCUGACGCCAUGCAAAGAUCACAACGAGAUCUGGCCGAGCAGCGUAUCGCAGAAGCGCAGACGAAGGAGAAGGAGGAAGGCGCUGAGAAAGCCAAGCGCAUUGAGCUUCUUCAGCAGAUGAUGGAAGAGGAGUCCAGAGCCAAAGACAAGAUCGCAGCCCAAAUCCGAAGCACUCCGGAAACCGCGCAGUAUGACCUUGCGGGCUAUGAAGAGCCGCAGGUCAAGGCCUUAGUGAAGGACGCCUUCGCGACGCCUUUGGAGACCGAGGGCAAAAUGAUCCGCGUCACCUUUGUGGUCGGCGGAGGUAAAACUGUUCGCAGCAAAUACAGCGAAAGCCUCGCGCGCUUCCUGGGAACUUCUCUUCAGGACAUUGGCUUCGCGCAAGAUUCAGCUGCAUCAAACGACCUUCUGAGCGCUGGCACCUUCAAGGGACAGCAUGAUACACAAAGAAAUCUGAAGUUGGUGCACGUGUUUCCGAAGGUGACAGGUGGAGACGGUGCAUCAACUUCUGGCAAGCCUGAGACGGUGAGGGAUACAUGCCAACGCGUCAGUGCAGCACCCUGGGAAGACUUUGUCGACGAGGUUGGCCCAUGGCUCCGCACGAAGGACAGCAAGGUGGAGGCACUUCUCACCUUUCUUGAAGAAUCCCAGGAGGAACUUCAGGAGACAGAGCUGGCGUUCCAGCAAGGGAAGCACGUCUCCGAGGCUAGGCGGCGCCGCUACGAUGAAUUGGGCAGUGCAGAGGAUGUAGCUGAAAGAAUCCGGUGGCUGCGCGGGCAUGAGGAAUCCUCGCGUCCAGUGAGAAAUGGAGAUUCCGACGGGGCAACGCUUGCCUUUGACGCGCCAUCUCUUACGUCUCGCAUACAGGAGGCAGAGCCCGCAGAGAAUGCGCAAGGCGAACAAGCCGAUGAUGCCGCUUGGCUCCAGCGCCGACUGGCCCAGACAAGGAGCGAAAGUCAGAAGCUUCAGGUGGAGUUGUCACGGGAGCGGCCGCUCCAAAAGACUCGCGAAUCGUUGCCUGCCUACACUCAGAGAGACGUCAUUCAAGCAGCAGUGUUGGACGCUCAAGUGGUGGUGAUUGAGGGAGACACCGGCUGUGGGAAGUCCACGCAGGUGCCGCAGUUCAUUUUCGAAGACUGGCUUGCCAAAGGUCAGGGCGGUGCUGCCAGCAUCAUCAUGACGCAGCCGCGAAGAAUCAGCGCGAUCGGGGUGGCUGACCGCAUUGCCAACGAGAUGAACACAGGACUGGGGGACCUGGUGGGCUACUCCAUCCGCAUGGAAUCCAAGCGCUCUGCGCGGACCAAGAUCCUGGUUUGCACAACAGGCGUUCUGCUGCGGCGCCUGGAGAACGAUCCGCAGCUGCAUGGCGUGACCCACAUCAUCGUGGAUGAAUGUCACGAAAGGGAUCUGGACACAGACUUUCUUCUGAUCAUCCUGCGGGAUCUAUUGCCAAAGCGACCCCGCCUGAGGAUUGUGCUCAUGUCCGCUACGAUCAAUGCACAGAUAUUCAAGGACUACUUCCCUGGCAGCAGAUCCAUUUGCAUUCCAGGUCGUACAUUCCCGGUGACGGCCUACUUUAUGGAGCAUGCAUUGAUGCACACUGGCCUGGUGAUCGAGCCACAUUCGGAGUAUUGCCGCAAGGACGUUGAUCCCAUCCUCACCUACCAAGAGGAGCAAGAGCUCAGGCAAAUUUAUGAGAAGCCUGAAAAUGCAGAGCUGCUUUCGGGCACGCUUUCCAAGCACGUGCUGCAGCAGUUGCAUCGUGUCGAUCCAGAGAAAAUCAAUUUCGACUUGGUCGCGCAGGUUGUUAACCACAUCCACACGCAGGUCGAUCCAUGUAAGGAUGGCAAAUCGCCAGGUGCCAUUCUCGUGUUCGUGCCCGGGCUGAGAGAGAUCAAGAAGGCCAUUCGGUGCAUCAACCAGGACGCGGCGGACGUCAAAGGAUACAAAGGAAAAGGAUUCGACGACCGAGGCAAAGGCUCCGGCAAGGGUGGACCAGAGGUGACCAAGGACGGGCUGUGGGUGCUGCCGCUGCACUCCAUGAUCAGUGUCAAUGAGCAGCGCUUGGUCUUCAAGCGACCGCCAAGCGGCGCUCGAAAGGUUGUGGUGACAACAAACAUCGCGGAGACGUCCAUCACCAUCGAUGAUGUUGAGUACGUCAUUGAUUGCGGCCGACACAAGCAAACGAAGUAUGACCCGCAGAAUCGCAUCUCAAUGCUUGUCGACUGUGUCGAGACCAAGGCGAAUGCUAAGCAACGCCGUGGGCGAGCUGGUCGAGUCAAGCCUGGGGUGUGUUACCACCUGGUGAAUGUGCGCAAGUGGCGCCGCAUGGAUGACUUCGAAAAGCCUGAGAUGCUGAGGGUGCCGUUGGACUCGCUCUGCUUGAGAGUCUCGCUGAUGGGAAUGGGCCACCCGGCCAAGAUCCUCGCGAAGGCUAUCACGCCUCCAACUGAUGCGGCAGUGCUCUCCUCGCUGCAGCAGCUGGUGGAGCUCAGCGCCGUGGAGCUUCGGGAGAGAGUUGCUGGAGCAGCUGAAGAGAUCGGAGCCAAUGGCUGGGACAAGGAUGACCAGCAGCGAUUGCUGAAAGCAAAGCUGCGCUUGACCCCGCUGGGUAACCACUUGGCUCAGCUGCCGGUGGAUGCUGGCUCUGCCAAACUCCUGGUGCUGGGAUGUAUUUUUGGCAUCCCGCGCGAUGUUUGUACACUCGCCGCGUCUUUGUCUGUGAAGUCUCCCUUUGCAGUCAAUGCAGAUGGCAAGGGAAACGGCAAGGGAGUCAGUGAACAGCGCAAGUUGGACUUCGCUGGCGACCUCGAGAGUGAUCAGUUGCUACUGGUGAAGCUCUUCGAGCACUGGGAGCAGCUGGGGAAGCAUUCUCAGGCUGCUCGGACAUGGUGCCGCGAGAACAGCUUGGACAUUCAGGCCUUUGAGACGGUGUCUGAAAUGCGACGCCACCUUCUUGGGAUUGUCGUGGAUCAAGGAUUUGCCAGCCGUGAGCAGACCGAAGCAGCAGGAAGGCAGGCGAUCAGCCUAAUGCCGGCAUGCCUAUCCAGCGUGGUGAACGCCAAAGAGGAGUUCAACAGACGGCGCUUCCAGCUGAUGCGAACUCUACUCUGUGCAGCUUUGUGGCCGAAUGUCAUGCUCUUGAAAGACAAUGGCACGCUCUUCGCGAGGAACGCUGCCGCCCUGGGCUUUCACAGCUCCAGCAUCCUCGCGCUGCAGGCAGAUCAGCUGAACCAGGACAACUCUGGCGACUGGACUUGCCCACAAUGUCAGUUCUACAACUUUGCGAGUCGGCAGGAAUGCCGAAGCUGCUGGGCCCCCAAAUCAUUAUCUCCUCCACGGAGAAAGGCAAAGCCACUUCGCCAUCGUUCAUUUAUGUUCGCAGAGAAGGUCCGCUCUCUUGCGAGUGGCCAAGGCCAGAAGUCGCAGACCCUCUGCCGAGACUGCAGUGGUGUCUCCUUGAAGGCCUUAUUCCUGUUGGGACACCGUGUCGACGUUGACUUCCUCAAAGGAAGGAUGUCAGUGGAUAAGUGGAUCCAUUGUCAGGCAGCUGCCAGAGAUGCCUCGAUGCUCUUGGGAAUGAGAAGACGCCUGCAGGACGUGCUCACCCGGCGCCUGGCAAAGAUUGGGGUCCAACAAGCGGCAGACACGGAGGUGGUCAACGUGAUGACCCAAAUGUUGGUGCUUGACGUGGAGUAA